AUGUCGGAUGAUCAGGCUUUCAGUUCAAGUUGGGAGAAGCUGUCCCAUGUCUUUGUCAAGGGCGCUGAGUAUGACUCUCGUGAACGCCAGCCCCAUCCGAGACAUUUGGAAGGGUCCUGGGUAGAUCUUACCAACUGCGUCAACGCACUAUUGGACGACGAAAGCAAGAGCCGACUUAUUUGGCUUCAUGGGGAGGCGGGUGUCGGAAAGUCUGCUGUUGCGUUCAAUGCAGCUGAAAGGAUGAAAGGCCUGAAGAUAGCAGGUGAUCAGAAUGUCGAAAAGCGGCUCGCGGGAUCUUUCGUUUUCUCGCGCAAACACACGAAACGCUCAACAACUGGAUAUUUUUUUGCGACACUUGCCUACCAGCUUGUGAGCGCUCAUCCUGUCAUCCGGAAUGACAUGGCAAGAUGCAUCCGGGACAAUCCAGCCCUUCUAGACCCCGACAAGUCUCUUCGUGACCAAAUGGAAGCACUCUUUCUCUUACCUCUCCGGUGGCUU